ACCAAGUUUCUUUUACAACUAGUUCCAAUUUGUAAUAUCUAAAGCUAAAAAACAACUAUAAUGGCUAAUUCAUAUUAUGCGACGUCGUUUGCUUAUCUUUGCUUGUUCUCUCUUCUCUUGUUUUUCACCUCCAAAAUCCAUGCUCAAAAUGGACUAUCUACAAGUUUUUAUGGUUCAAAGUGCCCUAAUUUCGAAGCUACGGUUAAAUCUAUUGUUACUAGUGUUGUGGCUAAUGAACCUCGUAUGGGCGCUUCUUUGCUUCGUCUUCAUUUUCAUGAUUGUUUUGUUGGGGGAUGUGAUGCAUCAGUGCUAUUAGAUAUCUCAGGUGGUGAAAAAGAGUCUGUCCACAAUGCUAACUCUCUACGAGGAUUUGAAGUAAUAGAUUUCAUCAAAGAACAAGUUGAGGAAACUUGUGCUAGUGUUGUUUCAUGCGCUGAUAUAUUAGCUCUUGUUGCUAGAGAAUCUGUUGUUGCUCUUGGUGGGCCCACAUGGAAAGUUGAGUUUGGAAGAACAGAUUCAACUUCAACACCAAGUGCAACUGAAGCUGAUAAUAAUCUUCCAUUUGCAACAGAUGAUCUUUCUAUGCUCAUGUCUUUGUUUUUCAACAAAGGUUUCUCUGUCAAAGACAUAGUUGCUCUUUCAGGUGCGCACACCGUAGGGCAAGCAAGGUGCAUACGCUUUCGAGACCGCGCUUACACCGAGCAAAACAUACAACCUUCAUUUGCACAAUUCUUGCAAAACAUAUGCCCAUCAACUCCUAAUGUUGGGGAUGACAAUCUUGCUCCUUUUGAUAAUCAAAGUCCAGAAGUUUUUAACAAUGAUUAUUACAAAGGUUUAACCAAUUUUAUUGGAUUAAUUCAUACAGAUCAAGUAUUAUUUAGCGGAAGUGGGUCCCAAACUGAUGUUCUUGUUCAAGCAUAUGCAAAUAAUCAGCAAACUUUCUUUGCUGAUUUUGCUAAUGCAAUGUUAAAGAUGAGUAGAAUGGGUGGUAUUGGUAAUGGGGUGGUUCGAACCAAUUGUAGGGUUCUUGGUUAAGGAGUUGUUCACUUUAGACCGACGUACUCUUUUGUUUCUUUGAAUUUGAUACAUAAUAUUGUGGUUAAAUUGUUUUCACAUAAUUUAUCACAAUAUAUUAAAUUUAAAUGGAUUGAGGAAUAAUGUAAAUGAUGAUCUAUUUAUGUUUUUCAUGUUUCAGAAGAUUUCAGAAUUGUAUGGAUAAUUACUAAUAUAGAAUAAAAUUGUAAAAUAAAGUUGUUACGCCA